AUGCAAAUAUUGCCUCCUGCAGAGAGAGUCCUUCAUUAUUGUGAAAGCAAGAACUGGUUCAAUUCAAGACAUGCUAGCAAAACAAAGGAGUAAUAUCUAAAGACAGAGAAGGAAUUGUUUGAUGAUGUUAUAGUAACAGAAACCUUCCAUUUGAUCGACAGAGAUCAUUCGAAUUCUAUUGAGUUGGACGAGCUGUAUUCCAUGUUAAAGAAAAAUAAGUAUCCUGUAAAUAUGAGUCUACUUAAGGCAUUUUUUGAUAAAACAGAUAAAGAUGGGAAUAAAUGCAUUGAUUUGGAUGAGUUUAAAUAAGUAAUCAAAGAUGAGUCGACAUCUCAAACUUUUCGAAUGAUGAUGAGAAGGAUGAGAGAAAUAGGAGACGACAAUUAUUAUUCCACAGACUUUGUGAAUCUCUUAAGAUAUUUGAGUUACUGUUCUAAUAGAACUGAUCUUAUUUUUCAAAUCAAAAAUGCUCGAAUAUCUUUUGAAAUGAGAUCCAAAUUAGUUUCUGACUUAUUAAAAGUUAAUCAACAAUUUACUAAACCAUAAAAUCCAACUCAAGAUCAAUUGUUCACACUUAGACCAUUCAUGAAAAAGAAGACAUAACUUGAAUUCAAAUAUCUUACUUCAAUCCAAAAAAGACCUAAUUUAUUAUCAAAUCACUCAACAACAACCAGCAAUCACAAUUCAAUAAUAUCCUUGAAGGCAAUCAACUUCCAGUAACACUCUCCCAGAUUAACUUCAGGAAGAUUUUUGAUCAAAAAGAAGCAAGCCACUCUUAUGACAACUCCUUUCCAAUCAACUAAAUCAACACUCUAAUCAACUUAAACAACUUUACGGAAAAAUUAUAUUUAAUUUUGA